GUUCCAUAACAGUCCCCACUCUCUCUCUCUAAACCGAAGCAUCUUUCUCUCCCCACCUUUUCAUCUCCAUAUCUCACCAUUCUGGGCAGCAUUUUUGAACCCUAUACCCAAAAGGGGAAAAAAACAAAAAUACAGAAAACUCACACACCAUUCACAUUUCACUGCUCAAAAAUACGAAUUCACUGCCGAUGGCAGCGAAUUGCGCCAGAAAAUUGACGGUAGAGAUAUGCAACGCGAAGAACCUUAUGCCCAAGGACGGCCAGGGCACCGCCAGCGCCUACGUCAUCGUCGAUUUCGACGGCCAGCGCCGCCGCACCAAGACCAUUUUCCGGGAUCUCAACCCCCAGUGGGACGAGAAGCUCGAGUUCCUGGUGCACGACGUCGACGCCAUGGCGGCGGAGAUGCUCGAGCUCAACGUCUACAACGACAAGAAGACUGGGAAGCGGAGCACUUUUCUGGGGAAAGUUAAGAUCUCGGGAAGCACUUUCGUGAGAUCCGGCGACGACGUGCCGUUGGUUUACUAUCCGUUGGAGAAGAGGAGCGUUUUCUCUCAGAUCAAAGGCGAGAUCAGUUUGAAGGUCUCGUACGCCGACGAGGAGCCGCCUCCGGCGCCGGCGCCGGAGAAGAGUGACGCUCCGCCUCAGGCUGCGGCGGAGGAGAAGCCGGCGGAGGAGGAGAAAAAGGAGGUGAAGGAGGACAAACCGGCGGAGGAGGAGAAGAAGGAAGAAGAGAAAAAAACCACGCCCGAGGAGGAGAAGAAGGAGGAGAAACCAGCGGAGGAGAAUGCUGCAGCUGCUGCUCCGCCGCCUACAACUCCUCCGCCGUCGACUGAAGUAGAGCACCCGCCAAUUGCUCAACAGAAACUCGUGCAGGAGAAAUCCAUUCCUGCGGAUCACUCGAAGAACAUGGAAAUCGAAUCAAAACUCUUCCGAAAAAUCUCCAGCGUCAGCUCCGAUCGACGGAUCGCAUUCGAUCUCGUCGAUCAGAUGCCCUUCCUCUAUGUCCGCGUCGUGAAGGCGAAGAUCUCGAAUCCGGACGGCGAUUCCUCCUUCUGCGCGAAGCUCGUGAUCGGAACUCACAGCAUCAAGACAAAAUCGCUCUCCGCCAACAAAGAAUGGGAUCAGGUCUUCGCCUUCGACAAGGAAGGACUGAAUUCAGCUUCUCUAGAAGUUUCCAUUCGCGCAGAGAAGAAGGUUCCAGACAAAGACACGACGGAGGAGACCUCAGCCGGAACUGUGUCGUUCGAUCUCCAGGAGGUGCCGAAGCGCGUCCCGCCGGACAGCCCCUUAGCGCCGCAGUGGUACAGCCUGGAAGGAGACGGCUCGCCGGGGAAUGACAUCAUGCUGUCGGUGUGGGUGGGGACUCAGGCCGACGAGGCGUUUCAGGAGGCCUGGCAGUCGGAUUCCGGCGGUUUGAUACCGGAGACCCGAGCUAAGGUUUACUUGUCUCCGAAGCUGUGGUAUUUGAGACUAACGGUCAUCCAAACCCAAGACUUGAAGCUUGGUUCGGGCACACCUGGCUCCGAGCCUAAGGUUCGGAGUCCGGAGCUCUACGUCAAAGCGCAGCUCGGCGCGCAGCUCUUCAAGACGAGCCGAACAACCAUCGGCUCGAUCAAUCCUACGUGGAAUGAGGACCUUGUAUUCGUAGCCGCCGAGCCGUUUGAGCCGUUCUUGACCAUGACGGUUGAGGAUGUGACAAAUGGCCGGUCUAUCGGGCACGCUAAGGUGCAGGUUGCCACGGUGGACAAGCGCACGGACGACAAAUCAGAGCCGCGAUCCAGGUGGUUCAAUCUGAUUGGCGAUGACGAGAACAAAGCCUAUGCUGGCAGGAUACACGUGCGGGUUUGUUUGGAGGGCGGGUACCACGUGCUGGACGAGGCGGCCCACGUGACGAGCGACGUCCGCGCCACGGCCAGCCACCUCGCCAAGCCGCCCAUCGGGCUGCUCGAGGUAGGCAUCCGAGGCGCCACGAACUUGCUCCCGGUCAAGACCAAGGACGGCACGCGUGGCACCACCGAUGCCUACGUGGUCGCCAAGUACGGGCCGAAGUGGGUCCGGACGCGCACAAUCCUCGACCGGUUCAAUCCGAGGUGGAACGAGCAGUACACGUGGGACGUGUACGACCCGUGCACCGUUUUGACCAUCGGCGUGUUUGACAACGCGAGGUACAAGCACGACGUGGUCGAAGCGGAGCCGGCGAGGAAGGACGUACGCCUCGGGAAGCUGAGGGUACGCCUCUCGACGCUCGACACGAACCGGGUGUACGUCGGCACGUACUCUCUCACGGUGUUGCUCCCCACCGGGGCUAAGAAGAUGGGGGAGAUCGAGAUCGCAUUGAGAUUCUCUUGCUCGUCGUGGAUUAGCUUGAUCCAAGCGUAUGCUAACCCAAUGCUGCCGAGAAUGCACUACGUCAAGCCUCUGGGUGCGGCUCAGCAAGACAUACUGAGGCACUGCGCGAUGCGGAUCGUGACGGCGCGGCUAGCCCGGUCCGAGCCGGCUCUGGGUCAGGAGGUGGUUCAGUUCAUGCUCGACACGGAUAUGCACAUGUGGAGCAUGCGGCGGAGCAAGGCGAACUGGUUCCGCGUGGUCGGGUGCCUAUCUAGGGCGGCCACGGUGGCGCGUUGGAUCGACGAGAUCCGAACGUGGACGCACCCGCCCACCACAGCGCUGGUGCAUAUUUUACUCGUCGCGGUCGUGCUAUGCCCGCACCUAAUUUUACCCACGCUCUCCAUGUACGCGUUCCUCAUCGUAUCGCUCCGGUUCCGAUACCGGCAGCGGACCUCCUUCGCGAUGGACCCGAGGCUGUCCUACCUGGACGCCGUGGGGCCCGACGAGCUCGACGAGGAGUUCGACGGAUUCCCCAGCGCCCGCCCGGUCGACCAGGUGCGCGCGCGCUACGACCGGCUGCGCGCCCUGGCGGGGCGGGCGCAGACGCUGCUGGGCGACAUAGGCGCCCAGGGGGAGAGGCUGGAGGCGCUGUUCAACUGGCGGGAUCCGAGGGCGACGGCGAUAUUCGUGGUGGUGUGUCUGCUGGCGUCGCUGAUGUUCUACGUCGUGCCGUUCAAGGCGUUCCUGCUCGCCGCCGGGUUCUACUACCUCCGCCACCCGAGGUUCCGCCACGACAUGCCGUCGCUGCUCCUCAACUUCUUCCGCCGCCUGCCGCCGCAGUCGGAUCGGAUCCUCUAAACUUAUAAUUUAAUUCAAAUUUAAUUUAAGUUAAUUAGUUGUAAUUGUUUAAUUUUGACGCACUUUCCCGGUGUCCUAGAAAUUGGUGUUUUUUAAUUCAAUUUUAAUUUGUUUUGAAACUGCAAGAAAAUGCAUUUAAUAAAGGGGUGAUCAGCAUUUAUAAUA